CUUUCAAAUAUCUGUGGUACCAAGCAAACUGAAGGCUCCAACCAGAAUUGGAAAUACGGAACUAUAUCUCAGGAAGGAGCUCCAAAGAACAAUUUUUUGAGGGUUUUGUUUGGUUUCAAAGCUACCAUAUUACACACACACACACACACAGUUGACCUGGAUCCCCACCAGUGGAUUGCUCUAACCCCUGUAGCUAAGCUGCUUUCUCUGAAUGGGUUGAUUCUACCAGAUUGGAGGGUUUAACUGCUGUGGAGAGUACUGCCUGCAAGUGGAUGGCCUCCAGUGACUUCUAGGUUGGUGUUUAGGUGACCAGAUGCGUCUGGGACCCAAACUCCGAACAAGAUUCAUCUCUCUCAGUUGUACCUCUACGUAACUCUGCAAGAAAACUAACCACCUACUUUAUACUUUAGUAACCAGAUGACCGUGAACAAAAUGUUCAACCACUGUGAAUCUCACCUCCCUCACCUGUAAAUUGGGAUUUUAAAUCUCUGAUCAUUUCGCAAGGGAAAUUAUCGUUUCAUGAAACUCUUACUUACACGCAGAGCAAACUGGAUGCAAAAGGAUCUGGAAGAGAUGACCCCUUUGCACUUGACCACUCGGCACAAGAGCCCCAAGUGUUUGGCGCUUCUGCUGAAGUUUAUGGCACCAGGAGAAGUGGAUACACAGGAUAAAAACAAGCAAACGGCUCUGCAUUGGAGUGCCUAUUACAAUAACCCGGAGCACGUGAAGCUGCUCAUCAAGCACGAUUCCAACAUCGGGAUCCCUGACGUCGAAGGCAAGAUCCCACUUCACUGGGCAGCUAACCACAAAGAUCCCAGUGCUGUUCAUACGGUGCGAUGCAUCCUGGACGCUGCUCCCACGGAGUCCUUACUGAACUGGCAAGACUACGAGGGUCGGACACCUCUUCACUUUGCGGUCGCUGAUGGGAAUGUGACAGUGGUUGAUGUCUUGACCUCAUAUGAAAGCUGCAAUAUAACAUCUUACGACAACUUAUUUCGAACCCCACUUCACUGGGCAGCUUUGCUAGGCCAUGCACAGAUUGUCCAUCUCCUUUUAGAAAGAAAUAAAUCUGGAACCAUCCCAUCCGACAGCCAAGGAGCAACACCCUUGCACUAUGCAGCUCAGAGUAACUUUGCCGAAACAGUUAAAGUAUUUUUAAAACAUCCUUCAGUGAAAGAUGAUUCAGACCUGGAAGGAAGAACAUCCUUUAUGUGGGCUGCUGGAAAAGGCAGUGAUGAUGUCCUUAGGACUAUGCUGAGUUUAAAAUCUGACAUUGAUAUUAACAUGGCAGACAAAUACGGAGGUACAGCAUUACAUGCCGCGGCCCUUUCUGGCCACGUCAGCACCGUGAAGUUAUUGUUGGAAAAUAACGCUCAAGUAGAUGCCACUGAUGUCAUGAAGCACACUCCACUUUUCCGAGCCUGUGAGAUGGGACACAAAGAUGUGAUCCAGACACUUAUUAAAGGUGGAGCAAGGGUAGAUCUAGUGGAUCAAGAUGGACACUCUCUCCUACAUUGGGCAGCACUGGGAGGAAAUGCUGAUGUUUGCCAGAUCUUGAUAGAAAAUAAGAUCAAUCCAAAUGUGCAAGAUUACGCGGGAAGAACCCCUCUGCAGUGCGCUGCCUAUGGCGGCUACAUCAACUGCAUGGCAGUGCUCAUGGAAAACAAUGCAGACCCUAACAUUCAAGACAAAGAGGGAAGAACAGCUUUGCACUGGUCCUGUAACAACGGAUAUCUUGAUGCCAUUAAAUUACUGUUAGACUUUGCUGCUUUUCCUAAUCAGAUGGAAAAUAAUGAAGAAAGGUACACUCCCCUUGACUAUGCCUUGCUCGGUGAGCGCCAUGAAGUGAUCCAGUUCAUGUUGGAGCACGGCGCCCUGUCCAUCGCAGCCAUACAAGACAUCGCUGCCUUCAAAAUCCAGGCGGUCUACAAAGGAUACAAGGUCAGAAAAGCUUUUCGAGAUCGGAAAAAUCUCCUCAUGAAGCACGAACAGUUGAGAAAAGAUGCUGCUGCCAAGAAGCGAGAGGAAGAAAACAAACGAAGAGAGGCAGAACAGCAGAAGGGAAGGCUGAGCCCAGAUUCCUGCAGAUCCCAAGCCCCUCCCUGUGUGCCCAGCACCCAGGCUGAGCCCCACAGGCAGAGCUGGACCCCCAGCAAACAGCAUCCCACCAGCAGCGCAGCCCAGGACCCUGAGGGGAGAGCCUGUCGAGGAUCUCCAGGCAGAGCCCCCCAGAGGGAGGCUGGGAACAGCCCCCCAGAUGUGCAGGGAACAGACCCCAGAAAGCCAAAUGAAUCAUCCAGAGAACACUCUAAAGGCCGAUCUGCCUGUGUCCACUUCAGCCCCAGUAAAGGCAAGGAUGGAAACAGGCAUCCGGGAGUCUCCUCUGUUGAGAAGUCCGGAGGUGAGACAGUUGGUGAGCGGCGGUGUGACAAGGGGAAAGGCUUCUUGAAGCAGCCCUCCUGUAUCAGGGCGGCUGGGCCUGAUGAGGAAGGAGAGGACCCCGGUUGGGCAGCUGCAAGCCUUCCACAGCAGGAUGGCCACCGGAAGCCCGGCAGGCGGCAGGACCCAGCACCCAAGGCCAGGUGUGCUUCCCAAAAAAGGCGCAUUCAAGAGCUCAGAGGAGGAAGGGGCUCCCCGGCUGGUUCUAGCCGGCCUGGCAGUGCCAAGGGGGAGGUGGUCCACGCUGGGCAGCAUCCUCUCCACCAUCGGACACCAAGAAACAAAGUGACACAGGACAAGCUCGCAGGAGGGAUCUACUCAGAUUUGCCACAGAGCACAGAGGUGUUGAGGUCGGGAGUCAGGAAGCUGGGAACAUCUGCCCUGUCUGAGGACACCCAGCUAUCCAAGGAGACUGAUCCAGCACCUGGUCCCCUCUCUGGGCAGAGUGUCAAUAUUGACCUUCUCCCCGUAGAACUGCGGCUGCAGAUAAUCCAGAGAGAAAGGAGCAGGAAAGAGCUGUUUCGCAAGAAGAACAAGGCGGCCGCGGUCAUCCAGCGGGCCUGGAGAAGCUACCAGCUUAGGAAGCACCUGUCCCACCUUCUGCACAUGAAGCAGCUUGGAACCAGAGAUGUGGACAGAUGGAACCGAGAGUGCCUGGCAUUGCUGCUCCAAGUUUGGAGGAAAGAACUGGAACUAACCCCCCCAAAGACCACUGCAGUAAGCAGGACCACGAAGAGUCCAUCCAAGGGCAGCUCAGGCACAAAGUCCACCAGACACUUAGUACUCAAGCAAAUCUACGGUUGUUCUCAAGAAGGGAAAGUUCCUCAUCCCACAAGAUCUCCCAAAGCCCAUCCUGUGCUGCAUCUCAAUUCAGUGAGCAACUUGCAGUGUAUACACCUCCUUGAGAAUAGUGGAAGAUCAAAGAAUUUUUCUUAUAACCUGCAAUCAGCUACUCAAUCAAAAACCAAAACAAAGCUUCGACCACCUGUGGAGGAAGACCGUGUCCGGGGGAACUGGAAUAGCUAGUGCAGAGUUCUAAUUCUCUGCUGAUUAACUUUUCCAUCUUGAGAAAACUUUAAUAUUCAUGCCUCAAGCCUUAUUAGCCUGAAAACAUGGUAACAACUGAAUGACAAUGUCAGGAUGUUUUCUUUCUGCUCUUAUACAGCACUGUUAGCCUGUGCUACAACCACCACAGUAGACUAUACCCGUGCAAAACUUCCUAGCUGUCUGCCCUCACUUCAGUCAGUACAGCUAUAAAGUAGAACACAUAAUUAACAGUAACGUCUAAGCCAAACUAAGAACAUGAGCGCUAACAUGAGAUUUCUGCCAGCCAGCUGAUGCAAGCCUGGUUUUUUGGCUCCAGGGAAGAACCUACAUGAGAGGGGGAAGAGCCUGUCCUAUAGCUGCCAUUUUUAUCAGUUGGACCAGACCAUUCAUGCAUAACCUACCAAUUCACUUGUAUUUUCUGCCUGACCUAUAGGUGAGCAAGCUUGUCAAAAUGCCAUUCCUAUUGGCAGGGAAAACUGCUAAACCUACAUACAUUCAAGCUAUAAGAACACCUGGCAUAAAUUUCAGUGGUUAUGGGCUUUUUCACAUUUUU